AUGGCUUUCUUCAAAUCCUUUGUCUGCUUGGCUGUCCUGGGCGUUGCCUCCGCUGGCGUUUUGCACGGCGGUCCCGGUCUGUAUGCUGGCGCGCCAGCACUCUAUGCUGGACAUGGACAUGGAGGUCAUGACGAGGGUCUGGACUAUUAUGCCUAUCCCAAGUAUCACUACAACUAUGGUGUUGCUGACUCCCACACCGGCGAUGUGAAGUCGCAGCAUGAGGUGCGCGAUGGUGAUGUUGUCAAGGGCUCCUACUCUCUGGUGGAACCCGAUGGUUCAGUGCGCACUGUGGAGUACACUGCCGAUGACCACAAUGGUUUCAAUGCCGUCGUCCACAAGACCGCCCCCACCAUUCAUCAUGCUGCCCCCGCUGUGGUGGCACAUGCUGCUCCCGCUCUCGUUUCCCACUCGGCCCCUCUCCUGGCGCAUGGCCCGUCCAUUGCCCACCACGUUGCUGCCGCCCCAGCCGUGCCAUAUGCCUCUCUGGCGCAUCAGGCCGCCGCUGUGCCCGCCUACGGCUAUGCCACCCACAAUGCCCAUGCGCAUGUUGCCCACUACUAA